UCUGUGCUUUCCCCUUCAAACAGCUGCUCCGAACAGAGCUGUGAAAACCCUGCACACUCCGAUUUUUAAACAAGAAGACAUGGAAGAGACAGUGGGGGUUGUGGUGCAGGCUGGGAACAAAGAUGUCUGUGUGACAUGUCAGCACCAUGCUCCCGUGAGACGUGGAACAAUGGCCGUCCCACCAGCGUACGCAGACCUGGGAAAAUCUGCCAAAGACAUUUUUAACAAAGGCUUUGGCUACGGAGUUCUGAAGCUCGAUGUGAAGACCAAGUCCCAGAGUGGAGUUGAGUUUACAACCUCUGGCUCCAGCAACACCGACACGGGGAAGUCAGGAGGCCACCUGGAGACCAAGUACAAACUGAGCGACCUGGGCCUCACCUUCAACCAGAAAUGGAACACGGACAACACUCUCACCACAGAAGUCACCAUGGAGGACCAGCUGGCUAAAGGCUUGAAGCUGGCACUGGACACUUCGUUUGUGCCCAACACCGGAAAGAAGAGUGCCAAACUGAAGACAGGAUACAAGCGGGAUUAUUUAAACCUGGGCUGCGAUCUGGACUUUGACAUGUCCGGUCCCACGAUCCAUGCGGCCGCCGUGCUGGGCUACGAAGGCUGGAUCGCAGGCUACCAGCUGGCCUUUGACACCUCCAAGUCUAAACUGACUCAGAAUAACUUUGCCUUUGGCUACAAGGCCGGUGACUUCCAGCUUCACACCAGCGUUAAUGACGGGACAGAGUUUGGAGGCUCCGUUUACCAGAAGGUGAACGGUAAGUUGGAGACGGCGGUCAGCUUGGCCUGGACAGCAGGAAGCAACAACACACGCUUCGGUAUCGGAGCCAAAUACCAGCUGGAUAAGGACGCCACCCUAUCUACGAAAGUGGACAACGCCUGCCUUGUAGGAGUUGGAUACACACAAACCCUCAGACCAGGUGUGAAGCUCACUCUCUCGGCCUUGGUUGAUGGGAAAAACGUAAAUGGCGGCGGACACAAAGUCGGCAUGGGCUUCGAACUGGAGGCGUAAAUGUUCAUCAGGAGAAAGGAAGCAAUGUGGAGGAUGAAGCAGCCCAAAUGUGAAGAUACUGAAAAUACCCGCUCAACGACGUAACACGCGUUCCCUCUGAGGCCAACACACACACACACACACACCCUAAAGCCACGAACAGCCUCUGAGACCUACUGUACUGUACAUCCCACCCGAAUCUAUUUUUUUAGUCUAACGCUUACAGCUUUCACAAACUCACGAACACCUACUACCAAAACAACAGAGUAGUCUCUAAUCAUGCUGCUCAUAGAGGUAAAAGUGCCCUUUUAAUGGGAGUAUUUGUGAUUGGUUUCAGUUUUGAUCUGGGUAGGAUUAUCACAGGAUAUUGUGGUUUUGCUGCAUGUUUUCUAAGCUGGGAAGAGGCAUAUUUUUCUGUCUUAUUGAUGCAACAGAAGCAGGACAGUUUGGUAGAAAAAACGAAACCUGAUUGGAUUUCUCUGCACCUCAACCACAAACCGUAAACCCACCGUUCUCGAAUUUCAGGUCCUGUUUGGUGAACGGAAAAAGGGACCUCCUUUUUGGAUAUUUGUGUCUCUUUGACUUAUGUUUUGUGUCUGUUCAGCGUUUGUCACUACAUUCAACAUCUGCGCUGUGGUCACAAAGGAGAUGUAGUCUACAGUCAGGACCACCAAGUAGUUUUAUCGAAUAAAUGUAAAAACACCACAA